CAGAAGUGAAACUCAGAGCUGUGUGAAUGACCUGAUGAUCUGUUCCAGACAGAACUCAGUGUUUGAUUGUUAAUAGAUAAUCUCUGAUGCACACUGAACUUUGUCUCUGCAAACACUCACAACACAACAGACGGAGAAGAUCCUCGGCAGCCUGUCAGUCCAGGGAUUUUUAAUAAACGAUAAUAAAAUGGAGUUAAGAGUGCUGUUCACCCUCGUUUAUUCGUCUGGUUUUCUGUGCGUCCUCAAAAGCCAAGAGCCCAAAGCUCCGGAUGUCACGGAUCUGGCCUUCAAAAAUAUGGACUUCGCCAUGAACCUCUACCGCAAGAUAUCAAGCUAUCAUGACAAAAACAUCUUCUUCUCACCGCUGAGCGUUUCCACCUCUUUCGCCACGCUCCUACUGGCCGCCAAGGGCUCGACACACAGUCAGAUCCAGAAGGGGCUGAAUCUGGACUCUCUGGACGGGACCGGACACGCCACGCUCAUCCCACAGCUCUUUGAGCAGCUGCAGAAGAACAUCUCACAGGACGGGAAACUGCACAUGGAGCAGGGCACGGCUCUCUUCGUGGACGAGCGCUUUAACGUGGAGACGGCCUUCAGCGAUCAGAUCAAGACCUUCUUCGGUGCUGAUGUGAACAAUGUGGAUUUCAGCAAGCCGGAGCUCAGCAAGAGCACCAUCAACGAGUAUGUGAGCAGGAAGACGGGCGGCAAAGUGAGCGAGAUGGUGUCGAGCAUCGAGCCGCUGACGCAGAUGAUGCUCCUCAACACUAUAUUCUUCCAGGGUGCCUGGGAUCGUCCCUUCAACCCCAACCGCACAGAAAUGAGUCGCUUCUAUGUGGACAAGUACAACAUCGUUCAGGUGCCCAUGAUGGUGAAUGAGGACCGGUUCUCCACGGCUGAAGACCGUGAGCUGCGCGCUCGAGUGCUGCGUCUGCCGUACCGCGGUGGAGCGGCGCUGCUCAUCCUCCUCCCCGACGCCUCGGCCGACUACACCGUCAUCGACGACGAGAUCAGCGCCGAGCGAUUCUACAGCUGGAUCAAGCACAUGAGGAGCAUAAAAAUGGAGGUCCAUCUGCCCAAGUUUAAGAUGGAGCAGUCGUACAACUUGCAUGAAAUCCUGCCACAUCUGGGCAUCAGCAGCGUUUUCCUCCAAUCUGCCAACCUGACGGGUCUGAGCCAAGACCCCCAUCUGAGAGUGUCACAGGUGCUGCAUAAAGCCGUUAUCGAGGUGGAUGAGAAGGGCACGACGGCGGCCGCGGCCACAUCGGUGGGAAUCACGGCGUAUUCUCUGCCUCCCACCUUCAUCAUCAACAGGCCCUUCUUCUUCUUUCUGUAUCAUGAAGCCACGUCUAGUCUGUUGUUCAUGGGCAGAGUGAUCGACCCCACGAAGAUCUGAGCUGUGAAGAGCCACACAAACACUGACUGGAGACACUUCUACACACAGCACACAGGACCAAACACACACUAACAGAACACAUCACCAAACAUUACUGAAUUGAGUUGAAAUCACACAAAUAGUGCUCUCAGUGAACACUGUGGGUAAACACACUGUACCACCACUGAUCAUCAUAUUAUAAGAAAUAAAGUGAAGAAAUUG